AGGAACUGUGCUGGAUUCUAGCUACUUCCCAGUACCGCUGUCUUUUUCUGCUGAGGCUUUCGCAGCCCCGGGCGGUGGCGGGGGCUACAGGCUUCGGGAUAUCCUUGGUGAGCAGCUUCCUGGCGAGUUUUUCUAGAGCGGGGUUUGAGGGCAAGCGUAGGUACAAGAUGGCGGCGUGUCUUACAGCGGCGUUCCUCUUCCUCCUCUUCAUCGUGCAAGCCCAGGUGCAGAGCAUCCCGUCAUCGGAGGCGGUUGGGGCCGUUGGUGGGGUGGCAUAUCUCAGUCCCAGGCUGCAAACCCACAUGCCCUACAACCGAAUCCACUGGCGUCGCAACAACACUGUACGGAUCGCCACCUGGAGUAAGGAGAGCAACAGCACCAGCGAGGAACGCAUGGCACUCUUCCCUAAUGGAACACUAAAAAUCAGCGAUCUGCAGAAAAACGACAGCAACGUGUACCAGGUGUACCAGGAGGGCAGCAAGGGCCAAGAGGACAUUGAAAACAUCUUCCUGACGGUGUAUGAGCUGGUCCCAAAGCCCACUGUGAAUGCCAAAGUGAUCAGGGGUGACGCGACGCACUGCGAAGCCACCCUGGAGUGCUCGGUGGAGCUCGAAGGGGUGACCUACGAGUGGAUCCCACCCACCAAGCUCCCGCUGGAGGGUGUGCGUUCCUCUAAGCCACGUGUGUCCUUCAACCCCUUGAUGGAAACCUACAUCUGCAGAGUCAGCAACCCUGUUUCCUCCAACAACGCUUCGCUGACCUACAAGCACCCCUGCUCCUGGACAGGUGAGUCCUCCGUUGCUUCAUCCCGCAGAGCUGUCAGUGUGCUGCUGGCUCUGGGACACCUCCUCUUCCUCCUCACUCUAGCUUAAGGGCACUCUGCGGUUGACAUAUCUCCUCGCCUCAUCUCCACCCCCACCCCACGGGACCAGUGGCUGGAUGAGCUCCCCAAAUCAGCUGGAUGCAGAAACACGCAGUUACUCAAGAGAAGCAUUGCAACCCGCGCCCUUUACACUGGCAUCCAUCCCGCUUCAUCCACAGGCGCCUGCGUCCUCCCGGGCCAGGCUCUGCCCGCUCGGCCGCGGCUCCGCUUCGGCUUGCCUCCUCACCGGUUCUGCUUUGCUUCUGUCAGAGGUUAUGUUUUUCAGAACUGAACAAAAUGGUCACGAAGCCUGUUGCAACAGUGUUUCGAAAGCACUAGAAGUCGAAAUUGCUGAAUGAAUGGUUAACUGCUUGGAAAUCCUCCUCUUCCCAACCCUGAGAUCUGUGGGGAGACCCAACCUGAGCCUGUGGACGUAGAAUCACAGAAUGCCCUGACCUGGAAGGGACCCACAGGGACCAUCGAGCCCAGCUCCCGGCCCUGCACAGGACACCCCAAAUUCACACCGUGGCUCUGAGGGCCGUGUCCAAGGGCUUCUGGAACAUCGCCAGGCUGGUGCCGUGAUGCCUCCCUGGGGAGCCUGUGCCAGGGCUCCACCACCCGCUGGGGGAAGAGCCUUUCCCUAAUGCCCAGCCUAACCCUCCCCUGGCCCAUCUCCCUGCCGUUCCCUCGGGCCCUGGCGUUGGGCACCAGAGAGCAGAGACCAGCCCUGCCCCUCCUCCUGCCCUCGGGAGGGGGCUGCAGAGCGCCAUGAGGCUGCCCUCGGCCCCCUCUGCUCCAGCUGAACAAACCCAGGGUCUCCAGCCGCUCCUCGUACGGUUUCCCCUCUGAACCCUUCCCCAGCCCCGUGGCCUCCUCGGGACACUCUCCAGUACCUUUAUACAUAUCUAUAUCUAUCUAGAUCUCUAUAUAUAGAGCUAUAGAUCUAUAGAGCUGGGGAGUCCUUGGCCAUCGCCUGCUGUUGGUGAUGCCCUUUACGGGGCUUAUGAACCGUGUGACUGCGGGACAGCGCAUGACAUGUUCAGCCUGAAACCAGUGACACCAGCACGGCUGCAGCUGGCUGCUGCCCAGCUCCAGGUCUGGAGCAUCUCGAGGGGGCAGAGCUAACGUGGCACCUUCGGUUUUCUCUCCAAGGGAGGGGUUGGUGGGAUGAGUAUUGUCUUUGCCUUUACAAACCUCUUACUGUAUAUAUUAAGUUAUAACAAUAUACAUAACCUCAAACCCCACAUUUUUAGCUGCCUGUUCUGCAUUCUCCUCUGGGCUGUGGUCGGCCGCAGCGGGUGCUUGGGGACCA